CUCAAGAUCCUUGCUCUUUGAAUCCAUGCAAUAAUGCAAGCUGUUUUAGAGAUUUAGAAAGUUUUAGGUGCGAGUGUAAUGCAACAUAUACCGGAAAGCUGUGUAAUAAAGAUUUGCAAACCGAAGGCGGAGAUACUAUGGACACAAUAGUUUACGCAAGUGGUGGAGCUGGAUUCUUUCUUCUCGUUGUGUUAGGAAUUUUGAUUCUUUUUUACAUGAAAAGAAAACGAAGAUCUGAAUUAAAUUAUAUUCAGACAGGUAUUAAUGGUCAAGUUAUGUACACAGAAAAUGGUUACGGAGUGAAAAACCGCAGAAUCUUCUUGAGUCAAUUGGCUGAACAUCUUGUGAUGGAGGAAGAUAUCCGACGCGGGAGCAAGAAAAAUUUAUCUUCGGUACUUUGCUUUCGAUUGUCAAAAACAAACUUCUCAAGCCGCUGAAAAUUCACUAUCUGAAAAUCAAGACAAGAAAAG